AUGGCUCCCAACCAAAUACCCAAACCUUCCAAACCUCUCUUCAGCAAUGAACCCCACAUAAUAGGUUCCAAACAAAGUUCCCGUGCCCCUAAGGAACCCUUCAGUUAUGGUGCCCCCAAAAUAAAUAGCCUCAAAAAAAUCCCACCCGGAAGAAAUAAUCGGCCCAAUUAUGCGCUUGGCUUUUCUCGUUGCCAGUUUUGCAGCCUUUGCCCCUUCCUUUUGCGCCACCUUCGCAGCUUCUUUUGCGGCCAGGCCUUGAGAGACUGCAUCGGCCAAGGCAGCCUCUAUGGCUUCAUUCCUUCUGCUUUCCACGUGAAGAGUCCGGAUGUUGUAGAAAUAGAGUUUUACGCCCUCUUUGACUACACAUGCAAGGGUUCCAGAACUCCCAUCGAAACAGGUGCAAAAUGUGGAAAACUGUACAGGGAAGAGCUCGUGAUAAUCACAGCAGAUACAGUUUUAAUAUUGAAGCAGAGCUGGAAUGACUUGCCAUGGUCACAGAUCAGUUGA